AUGCACAAAAGCGCGCGCGCGCACACACAAUCACGCGAGUGAGGCAUCAUUGAUUUGGUUACUCUGUUCGGCAAAUUCAAAUAUUUAUCGAAAAGAUCUCUGAAUUGUGUGCAACCAGCUAGGCCGCCAGCCAAUUCCAGCUUCUCUCGAUCCAGUUGUGUGAAAGAUGGUUGCUUUCGGGAAAAAGUUGAAGGAAAGACAAAUUCAAGAAUGGCAAGGAUACUACAUCAACUACAAAUUAAUGAAGAAAAAAGUAAAACAAUAUUCUCGCCAAAUUGAAGCCGGAGUGUUAGAUCGGCGACAUGUUCUUAAGGAUUUCUCGAGAAUGCUAGACCACCAGAUUGAAAAGAUUGUCCUCUUUCUGUUGGAACAACAAGGACUAUCUGCAAGCAGGAUAGCCAAGCUUAAUGAACAACAGGAUUUUCUUCAAGAGCAGCCAGAUAUUUCCAAAAUAGCUGAACUACGGGAAGCUUAUCGAGCAGUUGGUCAAGAUCUUUUAAAGCUUCUCUUUUUUGUGGAGAUAAAUGCAAUUGGUCUGCGUAAGAUCCUUAAAAAGUUUGACAAGCGCUUUGGCUAUAGAUUCACCAAUUACUAUGUCAAAACUCGUGCUAAUCAUCCUUAUUCCCAGCUUCAACAAGUCUUCAAGCAUGUGGGUCUGGGGGCAGUUGUGGGAGCCAUAUCUCGCAAUCUUGCAGAACUUCAGGACCGUCAGGGAAGCUACUUGUCAAUUUAUGAUCAGCCUGGUCUUCCCCUCCAGGAUCCUGUCAUUGAUGCAAUAAAAGCGGCAGCAGACAGAUUAACAUACUCAACGGAUUUCCUUCACUUUUUGGCACAACAUGCACUUAUUAUGCAAGAAGAGCUGCCUACUGCUGAGGAACAUGUUGAUGACCAAAGAUACCAUUUUAUGUCGCUGCUUUUGAACUUGGCAAACACAUUUCUUUAUAUGGUGAAUACAUAUAUUAUAGUUCCGACAGCGGAUGACUAUGCCAUGAGCCUUGGUGCUGCAGCAACAGUCUGUGGGAUUGUGAUUGGUGCAAUGGCUAUUGCACAGGUCUUUUCGUCGGUGUAUUUCAGUGCUUGGUCUAACAAAUCCUACUUCAGACCUCUAGUAUUUAGCAGUAUAGUUCUUCUUGUGGGGAAUGUCAUGUAUGCAUUGGCUUAUGAUCUCAAUUCAAUCUCAGUUCUUCUUCUUGGUCGUCUAUUUUGCGGUUUGGGUUCUGCUAGAGCAGUUAAUCGACGUUAUAUCAGUGAUUGUGUGCCACUUAAUAUCCGCAUGCAGGCUUCGGCAGGUUUUGUUAGUGCCAGUGCUCUUGGAAUGGCAUGUGGCCCUGCACUUGGUGGCUUACUGCAAACUAAUUUUAAGGUUUCCAAGAUCACCUUCAAUCAAGAGACUUUGCCUGGUUGGGUAAUGGCUGUGGCAUGGUUAAUUUACCUCCUAUGGCUGUGGAUCUCAUUUAAAGAGCCUUCUCGUGAGCCUGUAGAGAACCAUAACCCAGAAAAAUCUAAUGCUGUUGAGAAUGAUAAACUUGAGAAUGGUCUUGCUCAACCAUUGCUCUUAACCUCAGAGGAAAACCAACAGGAUGAAGAUGGUGACGAAGAAUGUGACGCAAGUGAAGAAGCUCCUAACAACUCUCGUCAACCAGCUAACUCUAUAGGUUCAGCUUAUAGGUUACUUACGCCUUCUGUAAAGGUUCAAUUGCUGAUUUACUUCAUGCUGAAAUAUGCAAUGGAGAUUCUACUCUCAGAAUCCAGUGUCGUUACCAGACACUACUUUAAUUGGUCUACCAGCAGAGUGUCAAUAUUUCUUGCAAGCCUUGGCCUAACAGUUCUUCCAGUAAAUGUUGUUGUUGGAAGCUACAUAAGCAACAUGUUUGAAGACAGGCAAAUUUUACUGGCAUCCGAAAUUAUGGUUUGUUUGGGCAUACUCCUAAGCUUCCACAUAAUUGACCCAUAUACUGUGCCACAAUAUGUCUGCUCAGGACUCAUAAUGUUUGUAUCUGCUGAAGUAUUAGAAGGUGUCAACUUGUCACUCCUCUCUCGAGUUAUGUCAUCCAGGCUUUCUCGUGGAACCUUUAACGGUGGGUUACUAUCAACGGAAGCUGGGACAAUUGCUCGAGUGAUUGCAGAUGGAACGAUCACCCUGGCCGGGUAUUUGGGGGAGAGUAGACUCCUGAAUGCCACCCUACUGCCUGCCCUCUUAAUUUGUAUAGCAUCUAUAAUUGCUACCUGCUGUACCUACAACUCUCUCUAUUGAUUUAGUCUCUUGUAGUUGUAGUUUGUGCUCUCAUCCCAAAAGGGCCCUCAUUCGUUAAAUUAUCUUCUUCACCUUUCUGUUUUAUUGAUUGAUUUGUUUUGUUUUGGAUUUGAAUUUUGAUUUUGAUUUUUAAAUUUCAUGUAUCAAUGCAGUAAAUUGGUCAGCAAUAUAGGAAAAAUCAUGUUCU